AUGGAUUUCAUCACUUGCUUGCCCAAGUCAAAGGGUUGCGGGAGUAUUAUAGUGGUGGUAGAUCGGUUCAGCAAGUAUGCCACUUUCAUACCCACACUAGCAGAUUGCAAGGCAGAGAGGGUAGUAGAACUAUUUGUUAACCAUGUGGUCAAGCUUUGGGGAGUGCCACAGAACAUUGUCAGUGACAGAGACUUGCGUUUCACGGUUUCUUCUGAUAUUAAUAAAGCUGUAUUUUAUGCUGAUACAAUAAGCAACAAUGAAGAAAGUGAUGGAAGGACAAAUAUGGCAUCAGCUUCUGUUUCUUCAAGGAAGAGUCAAAAGACCCAGGAGUCCUGUAUGCCAUUUUAUCUUUCUCUGCAUCAAAUAAAUGCUGCAAACAAGAAUGCCGUUAUGUUGGAUGAAUUUUCUGACGACGAUGAAGAAUUCGACCAAGAGGUUUUCACUAUACCUGUGCUCUCAUAA